CCAGUGAGGUUUCCAACUUUACCUUUUCCGUCAUUCUGGUUGUCUCGCCUCUGAUUCUGAGUGUCUCUGCUUCUAGUUUCUGAUGAGAUUUAAAAGGCAGAAGCGCCAUCGCAAGACUGUGAAGUUCUACACAACAUGCUUUGGUUUCCGAGAGCCCUUUAAGGUGCUGUGCGAUGGAACUUUUUUGCACCAUCUCGUUGCCAAUCAUAUUCGCAUUACGCCCCCUAAUGAUGCAGUCUCUAGUCUCCUCGGUGCCAAAACAAAGCUCUUCACUACCAGAUGUGUUCUCACGGAGCUAAAAAGCCUCGGUGAUUCCCAUUCAGAGUCUCUUAAGUUAGCCCAUAACCUCACAACUGCGAGAUGUGAUCAUGAGAGGAGGAAAAGUGCUGUGGCUUGCAUCAUGGAAAUUAUUGGAGAAAAGAAUCCUGAGCACUUCUUUGUUGCAACCAUGGAUGCUGAACUGCGGAAGAAGCUUCAGGAGGUACCUGGUGUUCCUGUGAUGUUUGGUUUGCGUAAGGCACUACUUCUUGAGCAACCAUCUGCAUUUCAGCGCCAGUUUGUUGCAUCUUCUGAAGAGGGUCGCUUGCAUAUGACAGAGUUGGAAUAUGAUAUGUUAAAGAGGAGGACAAAGAACAGGCAGGUAUCUCAAGAAUCAAUGGAUUCUUCUGAUGCAGAUGAAGGUCUAGGAGAUCCAAUGUCUGAGAUAGAUGCUGUAAGAAAGACAAAUACUACAAGAAAGAGGAUGGGUGAAAAGGAUAAAGUUCAAUUUAAGAGGAAGAGGGCCAAGGGUCCAAACCCACUUUCAUGUUUAAAGAAAAAGACACAUGGGAAGCCACAACCAAAUGUAGUUCCAAUGAAGGUGAGUUUUCUUUGCAGUACUAGUAUCAUUCCUAAAUGCUGUUGCAUUUCUUCUGUGUUUUUCCCUUUGUCCCUUAAUUUUUUUUAUUUAAAGUGGCAGUCUGUGUAAUUGUAGUGGUAUUGGAUGUUGUUGUUUCAAAUGUUAUCUAAUGCGCAGCAGGUGCCAUGUUCAUGCAUUCAUUUAUCACAUUGCAGACUUGUUAAAUUGACUCCAAAAUCUGCAGACGGUUCUCUUAAAAACUGUAUUAGAGCCUGGUUCUGAGACCUAAUUCUAAGUGCCACAGCCCCCUCCAAACGAAGCCCUAAAUCCCACAAUCCUCUGCAUUUGUACGUGCAGAGAGUGUGAGCACCACUGCAAGCUUGAAACCAAUCGGCAGCCACCAGAAAACAUACCUGUCACCAGAAAAUUCCUAGGAGAUGCUGCUUGUUCAGAAACACAAAAAUCCUAUAAGAUUUUGAAAAAUCUACACCAUAGCAACCUAGACAUUGAUGAUUUUUCAAAAAAACCUAAGAUCCCAUUGCCAGAGCUCACCCUUGCUCCCUCAUGCUGCAGUUGAAGGCUGACUGCUCUGACUCCAUUCAUUGGCGCAUGCGGUUUUGAACAACCAUGUUUUUGGUCUGAUCUGAUCUCACUUGUUUCAAAUCCGUUUAUAAACCAUGUUAUCAAGUUUUGGAUCAUGGAUUUUAGUCCAAACAUCUAACCUUUUGGUUGUUCUCAUGUGACACUCUGAAUGACUGUUUGGUAUUAUUGGAGGCUGUUUGUUAGUGGUAACUAGUUCAUUGGGGGCUGAUGCAGUGUUAUUUCAUCAUGUUUGUUUGUGAUUUGUUCUGGUUGUGUGCACUGUGAAGGUCUUUAUGGUUUGCCUGAAGGCUCUUCUUAUUGCCAAAGGGUAUACUUAGUGUGUGGUUUGGACUAUCAUGACACAUUCUCCCCAGUCGCCAUACUUACAUUAGUCUGGCUUUUUAUUUUCUUAGCCACCACUUGCAUUUGUUAGAUGUGAAGAAUGUCUGUCUAUGUGAUGCUGUUCAAGAGGAGGUCUACGUGGAGCAACCACAUGGGUUUGUUGCUUAGGGACCAGCGUGUGUGUGUUGUCUUAAGAAAUCCUUAUUUAGUCUUAAGCAAUCUCCCAGAGCAUUGUUUGGCAGGUUCAGUGUAAUAGUACUUGAGUUUGGCCUUCAAUGAUGUGGGUAGAUAACUUGGUAUUGUAUUGGCAUACUGUUGAUGGUAGGAUUUUUCUGGUUGCAUACGUGGAUGUUGUGAUUACUAGUGAUGGUGGUGAGACUAGGCUAUUGGGAUCCAAAUGUGUUCAUACACCUUCAGAUCCUAACAACAAAUUUCUGCCAGAUGUGGGUUGAUUUUUUGGCUGAUCAUCGGACUUUUUGGAGAGUUUAAACUAUCUAACAAUCAUUUACAUCCUUUGCAGCAAGUGUUGUGAGAUUCUUCUUGAACAAGUUAGUAGGAUGCUUGUUGUUUUUGGCCGUAUCCUGAAGGUGCUCAUGGGGGACAUGUGUUGUAUCAGGAUUGGGUUCAUUCUCAUGAUUAGGGAUGUAUAAACAUAGGUUGGGCUGGGUCACCUUUGACAAAAAAAAAAAUCCACAAUUGGGUACUGGGUGUUUAUUGGUGGUAACCUAGCAUCCUAGAAGAGUAAGAAACAAAUUAUGGUGGCCUUGAGUGUUGAGCAUAGGGCCAUGUCUCACACUAGAUAUUAACUCGUCUAGCUAAAGAACAUGGUGGAAGAGGUGAACAACUCCAAACGUCCUUCUCCCUUAUCUGCUGGUUUGAAUCCUAGUUUCUCGAUUAACCUUGAUCUAAAAAAUUGAAUCAAAUUGUAGACUCAACACCUUAACGUGUUUGAACCCUAUAUCCAUCAGCAAGACUUGUCGUCUCCUCAUACAACCCCUGCAAUGCAUAUGACAAGUCAUCCUUGGCUAUAGGGUUCAAGCAGUUUUAUCAGUGAUAGAGAGUGAUCGUGCAAUUCUUAUCUUAGUUGAUUGAUUAUCUAGCUAGUUGAUUGACCUUCUACGAAGACUGACUAAUUGACAUAGAAAAAUUUUCUUUGACAUUAUUUCUUCUCUGAGACCUAUGUUUGACCAUAUGGGGAAUCUUUUUCCUAGAAAUUGAUCUUAGUACAGUCUAGUAAUAACACUAUUGCAAGUCAACUCAAAAUCCGCCAGGUGUUGAUAAGGGCACUCAGAUUCUGUCUUGUGGAACUGAGGUAUCAGUGACCUCCUCCCAUGCUUAAUCGGGAAAUUAAGUGCAUCAUUAGGUAAAACAAUGUAAGACGGUGCAGUGACUUGCGUCCCGUGCUUAAUCGGGAAAUUAAGUGCAUCAUUAGGUAAAACAGUGUAAGACGGUGCAGUGACUCGGGUGGCGUGCAAAAAAUCCAUGAGCGUGCGUGGUGCAGGUGUAGUCAUAUAUAUUUUUAUUUUCAAAACUUUUUUUUUUUCAUGAAGAAAAGCAAAAUAAAAGAGAAAAACACUAGUUUGAAACUAAAUCUGGCAUUCCCCGACAACGACGCCAAAAACUUGACUCUCUAAAAAUGAGCAGCGCAAAGGUUAUCCCAAGUAUAGGAGUUCAGUCGUGUAAUAAUUAGCCCAAUGGCCAGAUCGUCUCCUCAGGGAAUGCAGUUAAAUUCCAAACUUCGUGUAAUCCCAAAAGAAAACAAAAAAACACAGUUUACUGAACACAGUUCAGAUUCAGGUUCUUGGAUUUUUGAGAUUUUUGCAAUGAAAUUUAAACCAUAACUAAAAAUUAAACAUGCAUAAAAUAACUAAAUGAACACCAGAUUUAAUACUAGACUAAUGAAGCAAACAACUCUGCAAUCAUUCAACCAACUAAAGACCGAUUAUACUAAGCAAUUAAUGAAGUCCAAUAAAUAAAAAUACCAGUUUUAUUACGGAAAUUAGGAAAAAUUAAACUCUUAACAAAUUUUCUAAAUAAAAUUACUAACUUUAUUAAUAAAACACCCAAAGAGAUUAUUUGAAUCCUAAAACAACUUUUAAAUAAGAAAAGGAGGACAAAUUAAAGUGAACAAUCUCCCAACAGAAUUUAAAAGCAUCAAUUAAUUAAAACAAGAAGUGAAAAACAUAAAUAAAGAAAUCUAGUGCUACUAAAUAAAUUAAACCUUGGCAAUACUUUAAAAAGACAAAUAAAAAUAAAAACAACUAAGAGAUAAGAUGAGAAAAAUAAGAGAAAGAUGAGAGAAGACGACUGAGAGCUGAGAGAUGACAAGCAAUCUGUGAGAGAUGCCGGAGAAGAACCAGCCGAAGAUGAAGAGAGAUGAGCAAAGAUGCGGCCGGAAAACAAAGAACUGACGGUGGAACACCGGAGAAGAUGCCGCUGCUCUCCUUCUCCCUAACAGGUCUAUUGCUCCUGCUCACGGAUCCGCUGUGACGCCCCUCUCCAGCCGAAGACCCCCAUUUACAAUAAAACCCUACUCCCCUAUUAAAAAGCAAACCUACCCUCUUAUUCACCAAAAAGCCCCCAGCGCAUGGAUCUCUAUUGUUCACGUGGUCAAAUAACCACGAUUGAAUCCCUAGCUCACGGGCUUCAAUCUCUUCCAGCGCAUUUUGUUCACGCAUGGGCUGCCAGUAUUACAUGGUCUCAGCCCACUCAUGCAUGCUCCAAAGGACUCCACCCACUCAUGCAUGCUCCAAAGGACUCUCUUCAUGGACGUUGAUCACAGACUCUUUUCUAUUUUGCAUGGCCCGGACCCCUGGCUUCUUGCAUGUGCAUGCGAUCCACGUGCAUGUCUCAGCGCAUGGUUGGCAGCCCCCUUUGAUGCUCCACUCACGACCUAGCUCACACGACUUGAAGCUACCGAUUCCUCGCACACUCACGUGCGCCAAUUCUGGAAAUUAUCAGAUUGUGUGAAGUCUAGCUAUUAUGCAUUUGUGGCACGACCUCUAGCUUGAUGUACACGACCUCAUGCAUGACAUCCGAUUCACGUACACCUCACGUACAUUUUUAAUUUCAGCCUUAAUGUCCAAAUAUUAUCCUACGAUAAUAAAUCACGAAUGUCCAGAAAUUUUUCGUAAAAAAUAUGAUAAUUAUCUAAAAAUUAUCAAAUUGGCUCACUGAUUAAAAUAUUGGACAUAAUCGGGCAUUUAAUUAAUAUUAUAAUUUUAAAUGCCUAAUUACGUAACUUUGACGCGUAAUCACACUCCCCCAACUAACGUUUUGCUAGUUUCUAGCAAAUAACGUGAAUGCAAUCCAUGGCAAUACCACAAACACCAAUUUCAAUGAAUAUUAAAUGAAUGCACAUGCAACACAAAUAUACUAUUUCACAUACAAGAAUAUCACCAGAUUACUCACAAACUCAUUCAUACACAAUUCAUGCAACUUCGAAGUAAGUCACUUAUGCAAAUUUCAUCAUUUUAUAGCCAUUAAGAAUAGUAUACUCACAUAAAAUUAACCAGUAAUUACAAUUCAGAGUUAAUGUAGCCAUAUAAAUUUGAGUAUAAAUAGGCAAAAUUUCGAGGCAUGUGUAAUGUGUAUGACUUGUUACAUCCAGGAUACCAAUGGACAACUAUAGAACGGUUGUUUUGACUUUGCGUAACUGGUAUAUCCUAAAAAACGCUAAAAAAGGAUGGGUUUACUCGUCAUAUGUGAGGAGGAGUGUCAUGAUUAAACAUCAGCAACUGGCUUUUGACAAUAAGAGAGUAAGAUUUCGAAAUAAACUAGAACAAGCAAAAUACGAGCGGAAUGGGGUAGAGGAAAUUCGGCUAAACUAGGGUAUGUGAACCGAAUUUGGAAAAUACAAGAACAUAGAAUAAAUUGUUUCUAACUUUGCCCUGUAGCAAUCAUGUCUCGCAACAGUGCUAAGAGCGUUGCCAAAGAUGCUACGGAACUGGUUGAUCCGAAAGUGUUUAUGGAGGCCAUGAUGAGUGAGAUGAGGUUGGAACUGGAGCAGGUUCACGAACGGAUAGAUCAAGUGGAGAAUACACGUGAGAAGCAGCCACAAAAUGCCCCUAAUGUGCGUAGAAGGGAAAGAGUUCAACCGAGGGGAGUGAGGGUUGAAGAUGAAGAGCCUUACGGGGUUGGUUUUGAUGAAGAAGAUGAUCGAGAUUCUAUUUUUAGUAAUAGGAGACAUGGAGGGCGGUUUAGAGAAGCUAGGAACUGAGAAGAUAACAACUUGGGUAGUAUUAAGAUGAAGAUUCUGUCAUUUCAAGGUAGAUCCGACCCUGAAGCAUACCUUGAGUGGGAGAAGAAGAUGGAAUUCGUAUUUGACUGCCACAACUAUUCUGAAACAAAGAAGGUAAAAUUAGCUGUGAUUGAAAUUUCUGACUAUGCUAUUACUUGGUGGGAUUUGUUUGUUAUAAACAGGAGGCAGAAUAGAGAAUGACCAAUAGAAACAUGGGAGGAGAUGAAAAUAGUGAUGAGAAAGCGGUUCGUUCCAAGUUACUACUACCGAGAGUUGAACAAAAAGCUACAAGGUCUUAGGCAGGGAAGCUGGAGCAUAGAGGAUUACUACAAGGAGAUGGAGAUUGCUAUGAUCCAGGCUAAUGUAGAGGAAGACCGAGAAGCUACAAUGGCUAGGUUUUUAUUUGGAUUUAACCGGGAAAUCCAAGAUAAGGUAGACAUGCAGCAUUAUGUGGAGUUGGAAGAUAUGGUGCACAUGGCCAUCAAAGUGGAGCAACAACUUAAGAAGGGGGGUGUGUCUCGUGCAGCCCAUAACUCCAGUUCUACCUCUUGGAAACCGAGUUAUACCAAGCAGAUGGACAAGUCACAAACAUCCAUAGCUGAGCCCAAGUCCGCGAACACCUGCCACAUUCCUUAAGGUAAUCUACCUCUAGGAAUCGUGACAUUAAAUGUUUUAAAUGUCAAGGCAGGGGACACAUAGCAAGUCAAUGUCCAAACAAGCAGGUUAUGGUGUUGCAAGACAAUGGUGAAAUUUUGACCGACAAUGAAGAUUCCGACGAUGACGACAUGCCACCAUUGGAGGAAGUUUCCGAGGAGGAAUAUUUAGCCCCUGAUGCAUUGACAUUGGUGGCAAGGAGAGCAUUGAGCUUGCAAACAAAAGGAGUUGAUGAAGUGCAGUAGGAGAACAUCUUUCACACUAGGUGCUACGUCAAAGACAAGGUAUAUAGUGUGAUUAUUGACGGUGGUAGUUGUACUAAUGUUGCAAGCACAAUUAUGGUGGGAAUAUUGGGACUACCCAUGUUGAAGCACUCUAGACCGUACAAGUUGCAAUGGUUAAAUGACAGUGGUGAGAUAAGGGUGAACAAGCUGUUAGUCGAAUUUCGAAUCGGUAAAUACGAAGAUGAAGUGUUGUGUGAUGUAGUACUGAUGCAAGCUGGACACUUAUUGCUAGGGUGUCCAUGGCAGUUUGAUAGGCGUGUGAAGCAUGAUGGCUUAAAGAACAAAUACUCUUUUGUACUUAAUCAACGAUCAAUCACUCUUGUAGCAUUGAGUCCGCAGCAAGUAUAUGAGGAUCAAGUGAGAUUGCAAAAAGAGAGUGAACAAAAGAAAAGGAGUGAAAAUCAGAGAGAGGCUGAGAAAAAUGAGAGAGAGAAAGAAAAUCAAAAUUCGGCCAUUAAGAGAAAA